UGGUCAGUCGGAGCGUUGUGGCGGAGAACGGGCGUGGGGGGCGAGGUGCAGCCCGCAGCCACAGCCGCCCUUCCCUGCCGGUGACGGCAGCAGCCGCUCGGUCCGCCCGCGGUGGCGGCGCUGGCCGACCCCAGCCAUGCUGUGCUAUGUGACCAGGCCGGACGCGGUGGUGAUGGAGGUGGAGGUAGAGGCGAAAGCCAACGGCGAGGACUGCCUCAACCAGGUUUGCAGAAGGUUGGGGAUCAUAGAAGUUGAUUACUUCGGACUGCAGUUCACUGGCAGCAAAGGGGAGAAUCUAUGGCUGAAUCUGAGGAACAGGAUUUCCCAGCAGAUGGAUGGUUUAGCUCCUUAUCGGUUUAAAUUAAGAGUCAAGUUCUUUGUAGAGCCGCAUCUGAUCUUACAAGAACAGACUAGGCAUAUGUUUUUCUUGCAUAUAAAAGAAGAUCUUUUGGCUGGUAAUCUUCAGUGUUCCUCAGAGCAUGCAAUCGAACUCAGUGCAUUGUUGGCUCAGAUGAAGUUUGGAGACUAUAACCAGAACACUGCCAAGUACAAUUAUGAAGAGCUAUGUGCAAAAGAGCUCACCACCACUAUUCUGGAGAGCAUUAUUGCAAAGCACAAGGAGCUGGAAGGUCUAAGUCAAGCUUCUGCUGAAUAUCAGGUUCUACAGAUUGUGACAGCACUGGAGAACUACGGGGUAGAGUGGCACUCUGUUAGAGACAGUGAAGGGCAAAAGCUCCUUAUCGGUGUUGGACCUGAAGGCAUAUCCAUCUGUAAAGAUGACUUUAGUCCGAUCAACAGGAUUGCUUAUCCUGUCGUUCAGAUGGCAACUCAGUCUGGGAAAAAUGUGUACCUGACUGUUACUAAGGAGUCCGGUAACAGCGUCGUUCUCCUGUUUAAGAUGAUCAGUACAAGGGCAGCGAGUGGACUCUACAGAGCCAUUACAGAGACCCACGCGUUUUACAGGUGUGACACUGUCACUAGUGCUGUCAUGAUGCAAUAUAGUCGAGACUUAAAGGGUCACCUAGCAUCUCUGUUCCUGAACGAAAACAUUAAUCUUGGGAAAAAAUAUGUCUUUGACAUUAAAAGAACCUCAAAAGAGGUUUAUGAUCAUGCAAGAAGAGCUCUCUAUAAUGCUGGCAUUGUGGAUCUUGUUUCAAGAAGUGACCAAACCCCACCAAGUUCUCCUCUGAAAUCUUCAGAGAGUAGCAUGAACUGUGACAAUUGUGAGGGCCUUAGCUGCCAACAAACAAAAGCUCUGCAAGAGAAGUUACGGAAGCUAAAGGAGUCCAUGCUUUGUAUGGUGUGUUGUGAAGAGGAAAUAAAUUCAACCUUUUGUCCCUGUGGCCAUACAGUGUGCUGCAAGGCCUGUGCUGCCCAGUUACAGUCAUGUCCUGUUUGCAGAUCUCGUGUAGAGCAUGUCCAGCAUGUGUACUUGCCAACCCACACUAGUCUCCUCAAUCUGACUGUGAUAUGAUCUCCGUACACGCUUUAAAUCCAUCGUGUCCUCUUUAAACUGCACUAAUACAAAUUGCAACCAUUGAUGGUGAAGAAAGCAAUCACUCUGGCACCAAUCCAUGAUUAAAAGCAAAAAUACUGCGUUUUCAAACAUAAAUAUUCUUCGCUCAGCAUGCCCAAGAUGGUUUGGGACAGCUUUUGAGAGCAAAGCUGUUAAUUGAUUUAUGUUACUGAAAAGGAAAAUCAUGUGUAAGUUUGUAGUAUGGCAGUGUUGCCAAAAAGCUAGGGAGCCCUGGAGAAAUGUGGUAUAUGCAUUGUUAUUCCCAGCAAGAGCAAUGCAGCCUUUUCUUUUACUCUUCCAAUUCUUUUUUUUUAGUUCAGUCAUUCCAUUUAUUUUAAUAGUAAAACCAGCUUUUACAAAUACCUGUUUAGUAUGGCUUGUAGCUUCUGCUUUUAGUCAGUUGCUUUAAAGGGGGGAGAACACUGGAAAAAGAAAAGUUAAAAGGGUUCCUCAGGCAGCUGUGUUCUGUCUUCUUAAAUAGAAAAUCCCAGUGUGUAGCUUUCAAGGCAGAACAAGUUGGUUAAUUUCAAAGUGCUGAGGGUAGAUCAGGAGAGUCUUGUAGUUCAUAGUGAUGCCCUAUGGAAAGCACUGUGGAGAGGCUCCAUCCAUGAUUCUCAGGCAAAGUAUUCCCAGUAUGAACCUGGGAAGAUCAGCAUCCAGCUUGGAGGGUGAUGGCAGCUGCUGCAGUUAGCUGCCCUGAAGUUGACUUUAUUGCUGGAGAUUGAUAUCAAAGUGUCAAUCAUGCACCAUUGUGGUCAUGCAUAAUUUUAAAUGCUUUCUUUGGUUAAUGUCUUUAUUGGCUAGGUUAUUAAUUGCUAAAAUGUUUUUAUUCUCCACCUCCCCCCUCCUGUUCGGGCAUUUGAGACUCCAGUUUCCUAGUAUAUUCUCCAGGAUACAGAGGGAACUAGAGACCGUAUUUGGGUGCAAUACUGGCUUAUUCAAAGCUAGAAAAAUACACUGUCACUUUACUGAAUCUUUCUGACUAUACUUUUCAUAUUGCCUUAAUGUAGCAGUAAUGUGUGUUUAUGCAUCUGUUUCUUUGCACAGACAUUUUGUCAAAAUAUUAAAACUCUACUUUUUUAUGACACAUUAGCAUAUAAACCUUACUCUAAGAGGGUAUUUAUUUUUUCACUUUGUAAAGAAAAUUUUGUUUCCUCAUGAAGCGAGAGCUUUUGUCCUAUAUUGUAGGCAACUUCUGUCUUUUUAUAUUCAGAUUAAUAAAGGACUUUAAAAACCUA